GGCUACUAUGACGUCCACGUGACGUCAAGAUUACUGUGAAGUCUUAAAAUGUUAGCGUAAGGAUGUUCUAUUGGACCACAUGUUUUGAGGUAAUCCAGCUAUGGUGUAUGUUUACCUAGAACACAAAUAGCAAUGAGUAACCACGUUAAAGACCAAGCGAAAACGCAAGAUCAAGGCAGCUCCAACGAUAACAGCUCGGAUAAUGAUAAACACGAAGAGACAUAGCAUUGCGAACGCCUUAACGUACGUCUUGAACGAUAGCAACUCGGAUUGUGAUUACAAGAAGAAUUCCAAGAUUAAGAAAAAUACCUUGACGAUUGGUUUGGAAGAUAACGACCCGGAAGAUGAGUUGAACAGGAGAAAUAGCUUUGCAGGACCCUUUGCAAAGCGUUCCUUGGAUACCAACGACUCGGAUAAGGACUGCAGAAGGAGACAUAGUUUUGCGGGUACCUUGACAAACGCCUUGAGAACUGUGUCCGUCUGCACUGGACCUUGUAUCCGAAAGAAACAACCAAGAAGAGACUCCAUCAUUAAACACAAGGGUCAGAGGUCCGACACGUUAUCCAGGAAACAUGUUUCGUUCUGUCAACACGUCUGCAUGCACCAAAUAUUGGCCAAGCCGGAGAUCUUGGCGGUCCCUCCCACUAAUAGUUCUUCGUCAUUGGCCCAAACUGAGAAAAUAGCGUCCAAUCAGUGACUCAGUGGUGCUGAUUCAUAAUGGAUGACCAUAAAAUAUGUUACCAUUAAAGCAUCUGAACAGAAUUGUAAAGGGACAGACCCUAGUUUUUAAACACUAAGGCAUGUGUUUCAUUAUUAGAGCCGUUUAUGAUCGCUGAAAUCAAACAUUACUUAUAUUUUAUUGUUUAGAUUAUCCGUUUCCCUACAACCAAAA